UCACGAAUAGCAGGCAAGCCCUAGUAGCUCUAGCAUUCUCACCGCUGGAAUCUGAUUGGUCCGGUGAGGUUACGUAUCAUACAAGCCCACUGCAGGGAGCAUGACAGACGAUAUCUGCGCAGCAGACAUCGCCCAACGUCAUGCCGUGCAACUCAUUUCACCUUGUCAUUGUAAACGAACGGCGACGUGCGUCGGCUCGCAAGCAUGUCCAGUAACGGGCAUACAUUGUUCCCGCAUGACAGCCGGCGGACACCGAAAUCCAGCUGAAAGGAGCAUUCCACUGAUAGCCAAUAAACACCGCAUACAUGGCCUGCACUCGCGACGAAGGAACAUACCGAAUUUACCGGAGCUAUCGAAGCAUCGCAGUGAAUCUGCCAAAGCAUCGUACCGAAGUUGCCGAAGCCUAUAGCAAACUGGACCAAGCUUCAUCAACUCGACCAAUACUGCACGUAUCAGAACGCAUUCGGACGCGUAUUACGCCGAAAGGACCGAGUUGAAUGCAUGUUUGAGAGGAACUCUCAGUUGACCGAUUCAAACAACACUUCAACCCCCUGUUGAAGCUUUAUCGCAGCUGCCCAAGAUCAAUAGGCUGUCGUGUCCAU